AUUUUUCUCAAAAAUAUAUUGUUACUCCUGAAUAUAUUUUGUCCUGCGUUCAAAAAUAUAGAAGAUCAACUUAUGAAUCUCCUCCAAAGAAUGGAACUUUAAAUACAAAUGGUGUUAAAAAACGUUACUAUGCAUUUCUGAACAAAAUUAUAGAUCAUAAUUUCCACCCAAUUCCAUUUAUUGCAGCAGGACCUGGUACUGGGAAAACUCGAGUAUUGGAAGAAAGUUUGAAUAUGAUGCAACAAUGCGCAGAAAAUGACAGUGAUUCUGAUUUGAAAGAACUGGUAAAUAAUGCCGUAUUGAUUUAUGUUACUUAUGGGAAUGCUAGUGCCGCUUCUCUAACAGACAGGAAUAUUGGUGGUGAAAUAAGUUUGUCAUUACGGAUUCUCCAUCAAUAUUUUGUGGAAGGAAGCCAUUUAAAUUUUUGUGACUUUGUUAUGAUCAUACAAAAUACCUUUCUUAAUAUUGCUGACUUCAAUUUGAAUAGAGUUCUCAGCACCAUCAUAUUAGAUAUUAACAAAAAAAAGGUCAUGAUUAUCAACUGUAUAGAUGAAAUUAACAAAAUAUAUGAAUUGGAUAAUUCAACUUUUAAGGAUAUGGUGAAUGCCAUUGGUUCACAUUGUUGUACAAGUAAUGAUUCGAUGUUUUAUGUGCCUUUUCUUGCUGGAACAAUUUACAAACCUUUACAUCAAAUUGUCACAAAGUCUAUGCACCCUCCUUUACCUAUUCCGCUUCCACUAUUGGGAAUAGAUCAUAUGCUAGAAAUUGGACGAAGGUUGCAGUUUCCAGUUGACACAAACUAUCAUUUUCAUCGAUACCUUGGUGAUGUCAGUGGUCAUUGUCGAACAUUGGAAUUUUUUUAUCAACAAUGCUCUGAUUUCAUUGUCAAUACUAUUGAUUUUUUACAGGUUAUGACUGAUGUUCGUAUAUUAUUAAGUGAACGUUAUACAUUUGAGGAAUUUGUUCAUGAUAAUUCUGAUAUUAUUGCUGGUUGUUUGUUAGAUGAAGCAAUGAUUCUUAAUGACAGAAUAAAAGAAUUGAAGCAAUAUGGAAUUGUGAUUUUAGAAGAAGAUUAUAACCAAUCUAAACGUGUAUAUUUACGUUUGCCAUAUAUUAUGCUUUG